CAGAGAAGCUCAUUUCAGCUGUAAACCUCAUGGUGAGGAUAAUAUAAACGAAAGUAGCACAGAGUGAAUUGUACCAACAAAACAUUAACAGCAUUAAAAAAUAGACAGCAUUGAGAAGCAAACAGAUGGCGGAGGUGGAAGAGACAAAUCCCGAUGUGGAGCUGGCAGUCAAGGACGUGGCCCGAGAAAGUGAAGAUGAUGAAAAAGAUGACGAGGAGCUAGUGGGUGAAGAGGAGGAAGAGGAAGAUGAAGAAGCACUACCGCAUUCCGAAUUUCUGGACAUUUUCGAGGAGGGGCUUGCUCGGAUCGUGCAAGAUCCUUUACUGUGUGAUCUCCCGAUUCAGGUGACAUUGGAGGAGGUUAAUUCACAGGUGGCUCUGGAGUACGGCCAGGCUAUGACGGUCCGUGUAUGUAAGGCAGAUGGAGAAGUCAUGCCCAUUGUUGUUGUACAGAAUGCCACAGUUCUGGACCUGAAGAAGGCUAUCUGCCGCUUUAUGGAGCUGAAACAGCAGCGGGAGGGUGGAGUCAAGCACGUCAGCUGGAGAUAUGUAUGGAGAACUUUCCAUUUAGUGUUCGAGGGGGAAAAGUUGGAAGAUGACAAAAUGAAACUGAAAGACUAUGGGAUACGGAACAGGGAUGAAGUGACAUUCAUGAAGAAACUGCGGAAGAAGUGAGGGAGCAAGAACGAUGUGUGUGAACGGGAUAUCACAGUGGAACCUUUAAAAAGCUACCGUGGAAUCUUCCAUGGUUCAUCUCAUAUGAAGCCUACAGCAACCUUUUAUAUCUGUACAGAGCGCAACAUUUUUGUAAUUUCUUUUCAUUUAUUUAUGUGAUACAGGAAAUGUGUCAAGUGUAUAAAAUGCCAUUUUUCCGCAUUUGCACUAACUUUGCAUUCAGUUAAUGAAAUGAGGGGGGUCUAGUGCGAAAAUAAAGGUGUGUUUGGAAACACCA